UGGCGCGAUUGGGGCGCAUACCCUCGUAAAGUGCAAUAAGUGCAUGCAGUACAUGUACUUGAUUGUGUGCGGUUGCUUGGCAACGGAAGGAAUGAGACCAAGCUUUUGUAGAAAAAUAAACACUUAACCUAUAGUUUGCGUUCCAAUACAUCAUUCUGCGCUAUUUACAUAUUGAUAUUUACAUCUUGACAGCGUGUGUAUAGAAAUAUUAUUUUUCUGGAGGCAUUGUGUUUUUCUAUAAAAUGCCACGAGGUCCUUAUAGACAAUACCUGCAAGAUAUAAAUAUUCCUAUACCUGCAACAACUCUUCGGCGACGACUGCAGAAUGUACAAAAUGCUGAUGCACUGCAAAAUGACGCAGAACGGUAUGAUGGACUGGCAAUAAGUGAGAGCGAUGAUGAAUAUUCACCAAUGGAAUUAGUAGAUGAUUCAGCUGUUGUUGGUAUACAAGACAAUCAGGAUUUCCCCUCAACUUCGUCAGCAGAUAAUAACCUAAGUGAUUCGUUACCUAGUUUAAGCAGUGAUGCCGAGACGCAGCAUUUUUCUGAUGCUGCAUCAAACAAUAGUAAUGAAAAUUCCAUCCAUACAGAUAGCUCUGACAGUGACUGUGAAUAUCAAGAUAGUAUUUGUGAAAAGAAUAUUUACGUAGACGAACAAAAUGAACCAAAUCUUGAAAGACUUACGUUAUAUGAGGGAUGUCAGUUAACAUUAGAGGAAAGCAAGCUACUAAUUAUGAGUUUUGCAUUGCGUUUUGAUUUAUCAGAUAAAGCUUUUGAACACCUAAUCCAAUUAAUUGACUGCCACUUGCCAACUAACCGUCACGGUUCCCUGUUUUUGUUUCUCAAAGAUUUACCUGAACCACCAAUUGUUAACACUCAAUUUUAUUGUCAUGUUAACAAAUGUAAAAGACUGAUUAAAUUUGCUCAGAAUAAUGUUAUGGAAUGUGAGUGUGGUGCAGUAUGUACAAAAGCCAAUUUAAAACAGGCAGGAUGUUACUUUUUGUACAUACCUUUUGUGACGUUGCACCGUGUGCACGUCACAGUCUUCCCCAUUCCCAUCUUUGUAUUGCGCGCGUACUGCCGAGUUAAUAGUUUUCAGGAAGAAGCGGCCGGAGGGCCCGGUUAGACAGCGUGGCGCCAUCCGCCGGUGCGGUGAAGCGCCCUGAUCUAGAGGGCCGCGAGUCGAAGCCGCGGGAAUGAUCGAGACUAUCGAGAGACUGUUGAGGAGACCGCGAGCGUGAACGGACGUGAGAGGAGAGUUGUACCGAGACCAUAAGCGAGGGCGGCGGCCCUACGAGAUAGAUUAACGGAAGGAAGGAAGGACGAGAUGUAACCAGCCACCCAUCCCAGACAUCAGGUAUCAGGGAACAGCGGGCGGAGUGUCAGUAUCGUGUCGCGUAAGAUUUUGAGAGAGACGCGUAGGCUUGCUUGAGAGUUUCCUUGCCUACGCGCCAUUGCCGUGAAUCCCGUGAGAGGAGUAUCGCUUUUCGUUUCGUUUCGUUUCGUUUAUCCGAGUAGGACAUAUCCCGCCCGCUGACUCCCCGUAAGAAUAUCGAAGGGCGUCCGUUUCUUUCCGACUCGACCGACCUGGGAUCGGAGAGUAAGAACGGUGCGGCGCCGGCCGCCCGUCACGAGGGUGAUGCGUGUCGCGUAUAAAACCUCGCCGGUCGACUCAACAGUCCGUCGCGUUAGAUUACCGUUUCGAGUAUUCGGAGAGUACCGUUUAUGAUUAUCGUGCCUAUCGUUUAGUGUGUAAGAUACCGGCGUUCUCGGUAGAGUUAGUUUUCGCGUAGUGAAAACUUCGUCGUGCGGGCGUUCCACGCGUCCGGCCGUUCAGGGGCGUGUCGGCCUCCGGGAUACGUAAAGUACCGCGCCCGGUACGGGAAGUGUGAGGCGUCGGCGUACCGGACUUAGAGUCAGCCUUCUCGAGGAAGGUGCCCGAAAUUGACCGCGAUAUGCGAGGAAUUAGUUAACGUUCAGAAAUUGAGAAUACCGCACGCCCCGGGCUGAAUUAGGCGUGAGUAUCACGUGCUCGCGGUGUGGACCGUACGGCGAGGCUUCGCGUUACGUUCGAGGGGUGUUAUAAGAAAACUCCUAUGUUGUGUGUAUCGUUAGUUGGUGAGAGACCUUGAGUUGUAUUUGCGUGUAUCGGUUAGUUUACAAGGAACUUUAUUGGGCGUACAUCGUUUAGGUUGCGAGAAACCUUGAGUUAUUGUGCGCGUAUCGUUUAUCUUGCGAGAAAUUAGUUUGCGUGUCUCGUUUAUGGUGCGAGAAAUUAUUUUGCGUGUAUCGUUCAUUUUGCGAGAACUUAUUUUGCGUGUAUUGUUCAUUUUGCGAGAAAGUAUUUUGCGUGUGUCGUCCAUUUUUCGAGAAAGUGUUCUGCGGGUAUCGUUUAUGUUACAAGAAACUAUUUUGGGUGCCUCAUUUACUGGGCGAGAAAUUGUUGUGCGUGUAGCGUUUCUUCCGCGAGAAGUUACUGUGCGUGAAUCGUUGAUCGUUCUACGAGAAGCCCUUAUUUUGGAGAUAUUGCUCCUUCGGCCCGAAUUUUCGCGUGUAGCGGUUCCCGAGAACUUUCCGUUCGCGUACGUUGAAGUAGAGUCAUUCUCCGUAAUUGGUCGCGUCGAGAUAGAGUAGAGUCAUUGUAAUUACUAUUCGGUGUGACGUGGUGGAUGUGGUCCUAAUGAUGGAUCUCAGGAAUGGGGCAUAGUUGGCCCUACGCUAGAACUGACGGAACACAUAACGUCACACUUAUUUUUUUAUUCCAUCAGAGAGUCUCGCGUCUGAGGUGAUAUCUUUAUUACGACGUUCGACGUAGUUCAUCGCGUGUACUACUUCGUGAUUGCGGGUAUUAUUUCGUCGUCUUUACUACGGCCGUGCCGUUCACCGCGUGGAUUAUCCCUGACGAGGACUACUCCGUUGGAGUAUAUCAUUGCGCUUCGCGUAUAUUAUUUCUGCGUCCGAGUUAUCUACAACGCGCGGACCCUUCGAAAGACCUUGCGUGGUCGGGGAACGGCGAAUGAUCGCGGUGAAUAAUUCGCUCGCGCCCUGUAAGUUGUAACG